CACAGGGCAAAGUGAGAUUCCGGACAUUUUUCCUCAGGACAAAACAUUAAUUAAGCAUAUGCCAAGGUUCUCUUUCCAAACCUUCAAUUCUUGAGCUCAAAGAAAGGUCAUGUGUAUUUUACACCAACAUGUGCAUGGAUGUGUCACUACGCGUCAUGCAUGCACGACAAGUUAGGAGCACAUGCACAAGUACAACUCAUCCACGAAAGUGAAAUCACAACACACUAAAGAAAUAAUACACAAGUUAGGAGCGCAUGCACAAGUAGAACCUCAAACACAUAAACAUACAAGGGAUACCUGUCAAAAAUCACAUUACACUUAAAAAGAAAGAAAAUUUUAUUCAAAAUUUCUUCAACACAGUUACUGUAUUAUUCAAAAUCUCGUCACCUAAUACCAAAAACUAAAAACAAAAAAAUGGGCAACGAAACUGAGCCCAAUAAAAAAUGACCUUAAUUUGCAUAUCAGUGAUCUCAAGUUCGAACUCCCAUAACACCUUGAUAGUGUGUGAAAACUCCAUCCCCUUUAUAGUUUAGGCCAUCGCUAUUCACCAAAAAGAAAAAAGAUCUCGUCUUGAAAAUCCAUAAGGAUAGCUAUAUAGUAUUGUCCGCAUUCAACUAAAUCUGUCAUAACCAUUUACAGUAAGGAUAGCUAUAGAAAAGGGCAAUGCUUUUGUGGAUACGCGUAUUUGGUUUGGGAAUUUUUCUGAGGAGGUGUUACAUAGAUUGUGUUGAUUUGUGUGGGUUAAAAUUCCAUCGAGGAAAUAUUAAUCCAACUUCUUUCGCAUUGUUCUAGAGAAGUGUCAUCCACAUGCAACAUUAGUACUAGAUGUUACAUCAACUCAUACUUAAUUAUUCUUUGUGACCAAGAGAUACACAAAAUUAUGUAAGAGGAUUGUCUAUAUUCAUAACCACACAACCACCUGUUGGUUGCUUCCAUACUUACAUGGCCGAUAACUGACCUCUAAGAAUAAGAGAGCCCACAUUCCAUGUCUCUUUCAUAACACAUUCACCAAAUUAGUCUCGUGUCACAAUCAGAUGAUGCAACAGUUAGAGGGCACUCCACCAACCCUCUUAAGAGUACAUUGAUCACAACCACAGACUCACUUCUCAUGCAUUUAUUCAGAUCACAUCCCAUUUCUUAUAUCAUGUUAUUCAUCCAAAGGAAGUGUCACUCAAAAACAUAUCCAGCGAAGGAGUCAAGUCACCAUGAAGAAGUCUCAAACUCUACCACAAACUCCUGAGAGCGAUUACGAGGGCACUCAAAGACAAAGCAUCGUAAUUCCUUCCAAACACAUCACCAUAGCAAAUACCUUCGAAAAGAAAGAACACUCCUGGUUUAUCACUUCUCAUGUCUCAACAGACCUAACAAUUCAAGUUCAAGAUGUCACCUUUAACGUUCACAAGUAUCCCUUGAUAUCAAAAUGUGGCUACAUUGGUCGAUUGGAAUUUCAGCCUUCAAUUUCAAAUUUUGGCUAUGACCUCAAGCUUGAAAGCUUCCCAGGUGGAUCGGAAACCUUCGAAAUCAUUUUAAAAUUUUGUUAUGGUCUUCCAAUGGACUUGAACCCUAACAACAUAGCACCACUAAGAUGCGCCUCAGAAUUUCUAGAAAUGACAGAAGAUCUUCAAGAUGGAAAUCUCAUUUCUAAGACUGAAGCUUUUCUCACAUUUGUAGUCCUUUCUUCGUGGAAAGACACCAUUACUGUACUUAAAUCUUGUGAAACUCUAUCUCCAUGGGCUGAAAAUCUUCAAAUUGUCAGAAGGUGCUGUGACUCAAUUGCUUGGAAGACUUCUAAAGUAAACAUUGUCGGAGAUACAGACUGUCAAGAAGGCUGGUGGUUUAAUGAAGUGGCUACCUUUCGAAUAGAUCAUUUCAUGAGGAUUAUAACAGCAAUAAACGCAAAGAGUACAAGACCAGAAGUUGUAGGUAAAUGUAUCAUGCACUAUGCAGAGAGAUGGUUGCCAGGCAUGAAUGCGGAGUUUGAAGGACUAAGAGGAUACGGGUUUGGAAAAAAUGACCUCCAGUUCAGUAUAUUGAGUAGGAGUAAAGAGGAAGGGGGUUACGUACACAGCAAGGAGCAAAAAGCAAUUAUUGAAAGCCUAGUGAGCGUACUUCCUCCUCAAAAUGAAGCUAUUUCAUGUAAGUUCUUAUUGAGGAUGUUAAAGAUGGCCAUGCUGUACUCUGCAUCACCAGCUUUGAUUUCAGAGCUUGAAAAGAGAGUGGGGAUGAUGUUAGAAGAUGCCAAUGUGAAUGAUCUGUUGAUUCCUAGUUGCAAUAAUGCAGAUCAAGGGAAACUAGUUGAUACAGUUCACCUGAAGAAUGCACAAUGCACAAUGCACGACACUGAAGUCGUGCAAAGGAUUGUGGAAUAUUUCUUGAUGCAUGCACAGCAAGGACAGCAACAGAAGACUGCUAGAAUCAAUGUUAGUAAGCUGUUAGACAACUACCUAGCAGAGAUUGCAGAAGACCCAAACCUCUCCAUAACCAAGUUUCAAAUAUUGGCUGAAUUACUGCCAGAAAAUGCACGGACGUGUGAUGAUGGUCUCUACAGAGCCAUUGAUACCUACCUCAAGACCCAUCCUUCACUACCUGAGCAUGACCGGAGAAGGCUAUGUAGAAUAAUGAACUGUGAUAAACUAUCGCUUGACGCAUGCAUGCACGCUGCACAAAAUGAUCGACUGCCUAUGAGAACUAUUGUCCAGGAAAAAGAAAUGCAACCCAAGAACCUCUACCAACCACAAGCUAAGGUGCUUUUCUCAGAACAAGUAAAGAUGAGGACGGCGAUGCAAGAGAAGGAAUCACAAAGUGGCAAUAACUCUGAACAGGAAGGGAACCACUCAUCAACAGAUGCAGAGAUUAAGAAUCUAAAAGCAGAACUUGAGAAUGUAAAGAUAAAGAUGGCAGAGCUGCAGAGUGACUACUCUGAGCUGCAGCAAGAGUACGAAAGGAUAGGCAGCAAGCAAAAGAAUGUGUCGGGUUGGAGUUUGGGAUGGAGAAAAAUUAAGAACUCUUUCCAUGCAAAAGUUGAGGGCAAUGAAACUGGAGAAGGCCAACAAAGACCCAACCCAGCUGGCAGAAGACCGCCCUCCAGACGAAGGUCAUCCAUGUCCUAAAUUAUAUUAAUCUAGGAAGCCAAGACACCCCACACCAUAUGAGAGUUAAGCCUUUAAGAACACCAUAUCAACUGUCUUAGGGAUAGUUGAUAGUUUGUUAUUGCUUGCCUAUCCAUAAUGUAUACACAAAAAUAAAUAAAAAGUAAAAAAUGUCUGUAGUUUUCCUAUUCUUACACAUUAAUUUUCUCUAAAAUAAUUCUGCCUCCUAUAGAACGUCUGGCAGACUACAUCCUUUGCUACAA